UACAGUGACGUACAGGCUGUAGCUAAGACUAUCACAGUCUUGCUCACUUGAUCCAGAGGUCACCGAGUUGCCAUGGAGACACCAAGUGUAACCACUGUGGGGUUGGGGUUGUGUGUCGUGCUGCUGAUCACUGGGUCGAAUGGGUCAGUCUGUUACCCUGCAGUGGAAUCACUGGACUUAGGAUGCCUCCUGCGGUGGGAUUGUCCCCAAGCCAGUCCUAAUACCACCUAUACCGUGCAGACAAAGACACAGGGAGGCCCCUGGCAGGACGUACCGUGGUGUGUUUGGGUCUCGUCCCGCAGCUGUGACGUCUCGCAGGCCUUCUCAAACUUUGAGCUGUACAAUAUGAUUCGUCUGGGCGUCCACCUCAGCCCCAGCUCCACCGUCUGGAUGAAGCCACGCAAGUUUGACUACAGUGACUUCACCUUCAGCCCUCCCUCUGUCUCAGCCUCUUUGAAAGAUGACCAGCUGUUGGUGAAGGUGCAGUACCCCUGUGCUGCCAACAGGAGGUGCUCCCCGGGGAGGUGCUGUCCCAUUUCUGAACUAAUUGACCCCUGGACCACAGUGACUGUAUACAAUGAGCACAAUCACUCGGAGUACCAGAGCCGUACUGUUUGGACCCAGGAGGUGGUGUCCCAUGUGGAGUUCUCAGGCUUGGCUCCAGGUCAGAACUACUGUGCUGUGGCCAACUUCUCUUUCCCGACCUUCUCCAUUGCUGCUUCCCCGAAAUCUGCUCCUCAGUGUGUCACAAUUGUUUCCAAAUCAGGCCUGCUGCUUGUCUUGUGUCUAGGGACAGGCCUGAUUUCUCUGCUCCUUGUUCCACUUGUCACUGUGUUUCUGAGAAGACACCGACAAGCUGCACCAACCACUGAAAACCAACCUAAGACUCCGGUGUCUGUUCACAAUCCAGUCUCUUUAGUCCCCCUUUCCCCGGUCCCUGUCGACCUUUGUCACAUCCACCUGGAAUUCACUGACGAUCAAAUGUCCAUCAAUCCCUCCUCCAACCGGGAUCAGACUUCGACACACACCAGUGAUCCUCUCGGACACGACCCCAGCUCAGGUGCAGCGUACUGGGACAGUGGCGGGAUGAAGCUGGUAUCAGCAUCCCACCUGUGCCUCACCCUAUGAGGGAACAGGUGGGACAAAUGGAGACUGAAAGGCUAAAAGACUGAGAGCCAUCUUACUGCAAGUGUUGCUCUAUAAAAGGUAUGCAUCAGCGGGGGUCUGUAGGAGUCUGAGGUUUGAAAUAGAAGAGGGAGUUACGCUUGUUAUACCUCUGCAAGUCCAUUGAAAUGUCUGGAUAAGUAUGUACAACUGCAUGUAUGGAAGAAAAAAUAUUUUCAACAAGUGAUUGUUAUCAAAAAUGUAAAAUGACUGAAGAAAUGAGAUCAUGGAUACAAUUUAAGAGAAAUUAGUUUCCUUUGCGUUGAGAGGAGCCAGUUGAGGUGGUUUCAGGGUCUAAUUCGGAUGCCUCCUAGUGGAGAUGGAACACCCUCAAGGGAUUAGACAUCCCAUUUGGCCUGGGAAUGUAAGAGUUAGGGGACGGGGUUAGGAAGAAGGGCGCAUGAGCUACCUUUGCUGCCGCAACGACCACAACUCAGAUAAAUGGCGGAAAAUGGAUACAUUUCUUUGACUCUCAAAUAUCAACUUUUGUAUCUGCCAGCAACAGUCAUGCUUUAUUCCACAAGUUGGUUGACCUCUGACAUUCAUUUCUUGUGAACCUAAAGGCGCUAUUGUAUCGGUGAAUUAUUUUCGUAAAAUACGAGAUCGCAUUCCGAACUUGACGCGUUCGUCAUUUGCGGUUUUCAUUUUUUGGGCUACAAUACAGAUUAGCGCCGCAUUCCGAAGCACUUUUUGGACCGACGGGAGCCGAAUGAUCAGUCAGACUGCCUUUUCUGCCGACGGUCGGCCGUCGGUUUGGUGUGUCAGAGCCUUUAAAUGGAGUCCAUUACUAGGAGGAUGAAUGAAGAUGACCAAACAUUGAAUUGCUUGUUGAAAGCCACCAGGUGACCUCUAACAUGUAAUUCUGUAGCAGGCGCCUUUCAUCGAGUGAUAGAGAUGUGGCUCCCAAUUUUAUAAUUUUAACAUAUAAGCACAUUCCUCUGGCUCUGACUGUCUGUCCGAUAUGAGUCAGAGUGCUGCACGGAACAGGGUCAGAGGAUCGACUGGUGAGUGAGAAUCCCCAAUGAAGCAGAAAUAGUUUAUCUGACAAGUCCAAAAGGAGCUGUUUUUCUGUGUAUGUACCACUGAUUCAGUCAAAAAUCUAAAUCUGGUUGCGGUUCUUCCCCCUCUGCCUUUUUGUGCUGAGGUCCAGUGACACUCAACAGGCCGGUCCAAACCAUAAGCUUUAUAAACAUGACCCCCCACAUGCAGCCAACAGCUCCUUCGUGCUGCUUUCCCCCCCCCCAAAGUGAUAACAGAGGGUAGUUUUUUCUAUCACUCAUUGCUCAUUCUGACUCACAGUUGCCCCAUCCGAGCUUCGCCGCCUGUUACCCGUGACCGACACCUCAUCCUGCCUCCUGCAUGAAAACAAGGAACAUCUUGACAGUUCACUUUUCUGCCUUCUGUUCUGCUGGUGUUGCACUCUUUCCGCAACAUUGGGGAGCCUUUGGGGGUUUGGCCGUCCAACAUUGUUUGUUUCCCCUUCUACUUUUUCCAGAGUCCACAGAGACCUGGGGGGGGGUAUCCAAAGCUCCACAUACAAGCCAGGGUGUAUGGCUUGUUCUGCUUAUGGAGAGAUUGAUUAAUGUAUGAAGCAAGAAGCUGGCUUGUGUGAAAGAGCACCUGGCUACACAUCAGUCGUGCUGGUACAAGAUUGACCCUUUUUUCUUUUCUGCUAUUUGCAGUCAUUUUUCUUAAAAUAACCACUGAUAUGGAUUUCAUUUUGCAUAUCAUCUGGUUAUGUGUGUAUUGUGGCAUGUGGAGUGAACUGCAGUGUGUUCCUGAGGUGACCUUUUUUGGUUUGUUUCUUGUCUUGCUAUCAGAUCAUGAUUUUUAAACUUGAAACUCACCUACUAUGACUUUUUUCAACUUACUAUACUAUAACUAACAUAC